GUUUCUUUUUUAUAUAUAUAUAUUUUUUUAUGUUUUUUUUGUUCUUUCGUAAUAAUUAUCUAUAAUACUUUGAUUUCUUUUUUUUUUCUUGGCGUUCAUAUGAAUUAUUGAUCAGCUGAUAUUAAUGACAGAAAUAUAUAGAGUUAAUAAGUUAUUAAAAAACAAAGGAAUAAUUAACCAGAAGAUUGUUUUACAUACAAUACAAUCAUUUUAAAAAGCUAAAUAAAUUAACUUUAAUGCUUCAAUAUUAUAAAAUUAAAAAAAGAAAAAUUAAAUACUUUCAACACAAGAGAUUGAAGUUCUGAAAAUAUUGAUCAAACUACAAGGAAAAUUGAAAGGUCGGCAUUACUUUAAUUCGUGUAAGCAGUUAUUGGAUUUUAAUUAUGGAAAACUUGCGAAAGGAAAUGAUAGAAAAAAUAAUAAUUAUGUGCUUGGAACAAAACGUAAACACAACUGAGGAUUUUGUUUCUUUUUUGAUUACUUUAUUUCAUUUAAAUCCUAUAUAUAAAAUGGAUGAUGAGAAUCUUAUUAGAGAUAUAGUUGAAAAAAUAUGUAAUGAAAAAAAAAUAAGUUUAACAAUAUUAAAAAUUCAAUUAUAUUUUGCAAAACACUAUCAUACUAGAGAUGAAGUCGUUAAACGAUACAGAUUGCGAUUGCAUCAAAAAAGUGGACCAUUGGUUGCAGAAAUUUGUAAAACUGAAAAAAUUGCAAAUAGACAGGAAUUUGAAAAAUUGUAUCAAAAGAUAUUGACGGUUAUCACUAUUUUAAGUGGUCUUGGAAAUCCUACUGUAACUGCAGUAAUUCAGGAAGUUUCAACAACAUUGAAAAGUAUAUUUCAACCUUUGGAAUUGGAAUACUAUGUAAAGAUGUCUAAACGUGAGAAGGAAGAACAGCUAAUGGAAUUAAUGUGCAUAGUCGCAGGAAUACGAUUAUUUAACAGAGAUUGCCAACGCGGAGGAGAAGGGAUUGACGAUUUACCUGCCAUUUUGCAAAAAGCUAUAAAAAGAAGUCGCGAAAUUAUCAUGGAAUUUUUAGAACAUUUAAUGACAAAAAUAUACAAAUUCACUGCAAUUGUAGAAAAAAUAUGUUUUGCAAAAGAAUUACCAAUUAAUAUUUUUUCAAGAAAGAAUAUAGAGUGGGCAAUUGAUAUGUUAACAGUAUCCCGGCAACAAGAGAUUUAUAUUAGAAAACUGUUAAGUGACAUAAAUCGUAGCGACAAGGAGAUUCAAAAUUAUCUUGAACGUCUUCAAAAACGCUUCUUUAAACUUCAUGACACUGUGAGAUAUAAAACUGCAAUUCCUAGUACUGAAGUAUAUCCACAAUUCAUCGAUUUAACUGAUAUAUGGAUGGGACUUCAAGAUGAAGUGAUUAUAAUAAGUGGUAUUAAUAACUUUUUUUGGGAACUUCAAACUUUGACUACAAAGAAUUACGUGAACACAUUCAAUGAAACACUAAUGCUGGAUAUGCUGUCUGAUAAAAAAGUACUUACAGAUGCUGAAAGAUUAGAACUAUCGAUGGGUGAAUUAAUAGACGAAUGUGGCCAGUGUACUAUUUAUUAUCCUAACGAUACUGUGGAUUUCGAGAACAUAAAUUUAGAGUUUCUAGGAUUUUGCGCAUGGAUGUUCAUUAGAAAAGGAGUAUUAAUCCCGGGAAAUCCGAAUAAUGGUGUCGUUGAAUGGAAAGGAAAAUAUUAUGUAUUUUGUUCGAUCGAGGCUGCGAAAGAAUUUGGAAAAGAUCCUGAUAGAUACGUUUACAACGGUCUUAAUUUUAUACGCAAUAAUUUUGAGUAUGUAUAUUUGUUUCAAGUAUAUGAUGAUGUUCGAGCUUUACAAACUCAAGAAAUGAUAUCAGAACAAGCUCCUGACUUAAAAAUUCGUAACCAUCAAAUGGUUCAAACAGAUUUGCAUAUACUUCCAUCGUUCAUCGAUAAGAAUUAUUCUUCGAAUAUCUGGGAAUUAAGAAAUAAAGCGUUACAUUUAGCGACAAUAAGUCGAUAUAAAACACGCAGCACUCAAACACAUAAGUCCAACUUCAGAUACGGUGUUUAUGUACAAGCAGCUCCGCCUCGAGACAAAGAAGUUCAAACAAGAAGAGAUAAUUACACGAAUACAAAGAAACUCUUAACUUAUAUCUUUGGUCUACGGGGGAGGAACGAUGAUAAUCAACAUGUAGUAUCUUUCUUGGAAACCGAACUGAAACACUUAUAUGAAUAAUAUAUCAUAUAUAAAUUUUGCAUUAGCCUUAAAGGAUAUAUUGGAUAGGUGUCCGAAGGUUAUUCACGAUAGAAUGAAGCUACAAAGAGCACUCUUAAAAAAAAAUGAAAGCAAUAUCUUUUUAAUGAUGUUUUCAAAUACAUUCACGAAAUAUCUUGGCAUAACCUGUACUUUUUUUUUCAUUUAGAAAACAAACUGGUAUUAUUAUAAUUUACUUCGUAACACGCGUAAUAUUUUCAUUAUCGUCAAAUGUUUGCAAUGAUUUCUUCGUGGCUUCCAUUAAUUUAGGCCAGCAUUCAUUAAUUUAUAUUCAAAAUACACAAAUUUUUCCAUACAACGAGAUGUGUAUAUCCACAAUAGAUUCCGCAUCUCGCAUCAUCAAUCUAUCUUACUUUCUACAAUUCAACAUUGCGCAAUGCUGCGCAUACUGUGAUCUUUAAUAUGCAUGCAUCAUACUUUUACUGAAUACAUCACUUUACCAUUAAAUCUUAAGAGUUAGGUCAAUUUUUUACACCAAGAAACCUAUAUUACGACAAUAAUUAGUAAUUACACGAUAAUACAAUUAAAUUUCGCUUAAUAAUAAUUUCAGUGUAUAAUGUAACAAUUAUACAGAAGAGGUACAGGAUGUUGAUUUUUCGCAUCGUCGUUCUCUUAAUUCUUAUCAUACUUUUUUUUUAACUUACCACAUAUCUUUUCCCAUUCUCUCUUUCUCUCCUUUGUUUGAAAAAUUGUCCCUUUGUUACAUCCAUUUUCAGAAAGUAACCAAUAUUAAAAUAAAAAGAUGAAAAUAUUGUGUGAUUUUUGGGCGGCAAUUAGUGAUUUAGAAAAAAAAAAAGAAAAAAAAAAAAAAUUAGAAAAAAAAAUUAAGCAUUACCGCAAUCAGCUAUCAUUAUUAAUAUUUUUUUUAUUUAAUCUAAGUAUUUAAUCUACUUCAAUUUUUAACUGUCACGUAAUAAAAUAAAAAAAAAAAACAAAAUUUAUUUUAAAAAAAUUUAAAACA